GCAGAAUCGGUCUUUAAAUGUUGGCCCUCUUGAUUUUGUCUCUGUGUGUUUUUCACUUUUAUUUCAAACUGUGGAGAUUUGUCCAGCAUCCAGAAGAGGGCAGUCCUGCAGCUCUCAGAGGGAGCGACCACCGAGCAGCAGAUCACUUGCCAUUGUUGCUCUUUUCAACCAAUCGGGGACUGAGUUGUCCCAUCCAACUAAACGGACGCCUUUUGACCCUCCGAAGCAUCGAGGGCACAUCCCAUUUAGAUGACAUGCAAAUUACGUUCCAGUGGGGUCGUGAUCUCGUCCAAUCAUAUUUCCCCCGCAGAUGGCAGCGCAGUGUGAUGUCUGGAAGGAUGCACGGAGAUGUUGGCAGAGAGCUGCUGGUCCCCUGCCUGCAUCCAUCGCUCCACCUCUCUCCAUUUUGCCUUCUUCUCUCUCUGUCUAAUCUGUCUUCUAGAGAUCCUAUCAGCUUUGAAAAACCCACCAUAUUACACUUCACUUUCCCCCAGCACUAUCUUUUCCUUUGUUUUCCUUCCUAUCACAAUCUUUUCAUCAAAUUUUCCUUUGCUCCUAACCUUUUUUUUUUUUUUGUAAAGCCACCUGUCUUCUUAUAUCCUCGGCUGCUCUUUCUCUUCCAUUUUUUUCCCUCUCCCCUGGCUCGUCUGUUUUUACUUACCAUUCAUCUGUCCUUGCCAUCCAAGCCGCAAAAUAGUUGGCAGCAACUUAUCUUUGCUGGUCAGUAUCCCUUGGUUCAUAAGCAUCGCAUAACGUCACAUAUGUCUCCUGUGUGUGUGUGUGUAAGUGAAACUCACAAGAAAGCAUGCACUCAUUUAAUCAGAUCUAACAGCUCACAUCUCCUGGAAGUGACACAAGUACACACUGCCAUGUUUCUUUCACUCACUCCCUCUCCAUCUAUCUGUACAGCAUGGCGUUGCUGCCAAAGCCAAUUGUAGCUCUGGAUGUGUUUAUCAAAGGUGUCUGUGCGUCUGAGGCGCUUAAUUUUAACAAGACGUUCUCCACCGGAGGAGUGUCAUAUUUUAAUUGGUCUGAAACUGAAUAAAGGCAGGGAACAGAGAGCACUGCAGUGACAGGUAUUAAUUACCUUCUGCCUAAUGGCUCCCAAACUCAGUGCUCAGCCAUAUUGCUGCUUGCACUAUUUUUACUCCCCCACUCUUUUCUCUCAUCGCUUUUCCAUCCUUCUCACCAUGUGUUUACCCACAAUAGGGCUGAAACAAGGGAUUCUUUUGGCUGUGAUCUUGAUACAGUUUUAGAAAUAUUUGGUUAGGGGAAACAUAUUGUCUUUUAUAAUGAUUUCCAACCCGGGAAACGAUUGUACACUAGGGCUAUACCUCUGAUUUUGCCAGGGGGUACAUGCGAAAGAUGUGAAGUAGUUCAACUAAUACCAUACAAUAAAAAUAAUUGCUAACAGAUCAAACCCAGCAACAGUAAUGGAAGAAGAGGUGUAAUAGUUAAUCAUGCUAAGUUUUGGAAAAAAGUUUGGAAUAGUAAUCCUUAAGUGAGCUAAUGCAUUGCAGCUAGAUGAUAGACAUAGAUCAAAGGUAUCAAUGGUUAACCCUUCCAAAAGACAAUGUUUGGAUAAGUCAGCUAAAAGUAAAAGGAUGAAAUGGAAAAAAAAAGUUUUAGUGUUACGGUUAAAAUAGGUGCAUAAAUAUGCUUAGAUAUUGAAAAAGUAACAGAUACCAGAUUUCUCAGGAUCAAUAACGCUGUACUUGUAUAAAUUCCUUUGGUGUGUUUUUCAAAUAAAAA